AUGAACUACGAGAAUUACGACCCUUCCUUCCCUGACCAACCAGUAGUCGACCUCUACCUACCCUUAUGGGCAAACCUUCCCGCCUUUCGGUACAAACCAGCCUUCAUCUGGGUCGAAGAUGACUCACCGGAUCCGAAAUGUGAUCAGAGCUCAACAUCCCUCACAUAUUCUCAGCUCAAUGAGUCAGUACAAAACAUUUCUCAUCAUCUGCUAAACACUCAACCACUUCAAAGACGUGACACUGUCGUCAUCCUAUGCUCUCCGGGGCUUGAACUGGUCGAGAUCAUCUUCGCUAGCCAAAGAGCCGGCCUUUUGGCCGUGCCUAUAUCCCCACCUGACCUUUCUUCCCCUAAACAAAACUACCACCACCUUGUAAGAGUCCUCACCCAAACAAAACCCAAGGCCGCCAUAGCUCACCCUUCUUACAUCAUAGCCGUUCGUAAGUUCGUAUCAUCAUCUUCCUCUGAUACAAAACUCGUGCACUUGUUGGAGAAUCUCCACUGGAUAUCCACCGAUGAUAUCAAAACCGGAGCUAGAAACUCGAAUUUACAGUUCAGCCCUUCGUCCUACGAGGGCUGCAAAGCUGACGAGCUAUAUUUGAUUCAGUACACGUCAGGUACUACCGGGAUUCCAAAGCCGGUACUUGUCACCGCCGGCUCGGCAGUUCACAACGUUAGAACUGCGAGGAAAUCCUACGACCUUCACCCGAACAGUGUGAUCGUGUCGUGGCUGCCUCAGUACCAUGAUUGCGGCCUCAUGUUCUUGUUGUUGACCAUUGUCUCCGGUGCGACAUGUGUUUUGACUUCACCGGCAGCGUUUGUCAAGAGGCCGAGGAUCUGGCUCGAGCUUAUAACAAACUUCAGCGCCACAUGCACUCCUGUUCCGUCGUUUACGCUGCCGCUAGUGGUGAAACGCGGUGGGGUCAAAAAGGGAACUUCGCCUAUAAACUUGAGGAGCAUGAGAAACCUGAUUCUCAUAAACGAGCCCAUUUACAAAGACACGGUGGAUCAGUUUGUUGAUAUGUUUGGGCCUAAUGGGCUCAGCCCAUCUGCUAUUUCUCCAUCUUACGGGUUAGCUGAGAAUUGCACUUUUGUUUCAACUGCAUGGAGAUACAGCUCUUCUAACGUACCAUCUCACAACAAGCUCUUGCCUAGUGCAAGGCUGGGGUAUUCCGGAGAAGAAGACGUCGUUCAGGAGGACAUGGAUAUAGUGGUGGUGAACGAAGAGACGAGCGAGGCGGUUGAGGACGGAAUUGAAGGAGAGAUUUGGGUGUCAUCUCCUAGUAAUGCUUCUGGUUACUUAGGGCACCCGUCCUUAACUCGUGAGGUGUAUAAUGGUAGACUUAGAAGCAAGGUGAGCAAGUGUUAUGUACGGACCGGCGAUAGAGGAGUUGUCAAGGGAGAAGAGAGGUUUCUUUUUGUGACGGGACGAUGCCUCGACGUGAUUAAACUCCAAGACGAGAGGGAGAUUCAUCCUCAUUACAUUGAAACGGCAGCUCAGAAUAGUAGUCCAGGUUUUAUCAGAGCGGGAUGUUUGGCUGCGUUGAAGAUCGAGAACACGGUUGUUGUGGUUGCGGAGAUGCAGAGGAGUGAUCAGAAUGAUGUUAGGGUUUUGAGGAGGAUAUGUGAGGGGGUGAGGGAAGGUGUGGUUAAGGAGGAGGGAGUUGAAGUUGGAGUGGUGGUUCUUGUUAAAAGUGGCAGCGUGCCCAAAACGACGUCAGGCAAAAUACAAAGAUGGGCAGCUAAGGAUAGGCUUGUUGGAGGCAAAAUGAGCGUUUUAAUGGAGAUGGGGUUCGGGGUUCAUUAUACUUUUUCAACUUUCGGGAGGAGAUCACUUGAUGAGGGAAACAUCAAAGAAAAAAGUGAAGAGAGAAACAGAAGACAGAAAGUAGAAGAGAGAGAUCAAGAAAUCUUUCUCUCAUUCUCUAGUGCUCCAACUCGUCCCCCCUUACUUUCUCUUUUGUGA